AUGGGCGUCUGCGAUUGUGGCCAGUGUUUCUGCAACUCCGGUCGAACUGGUCAAUUGUGCAACGAAGUGCAAGGCGGAGAGUCAGCGCUGUGCACCGAUCGCGGUGUAGAGCAAUGUGUGCUGUGUCUACGUCGUGAAAUGCUUGGCACCGACGAGGCGAAAAUCGCGGAGGAGGCAGAGAAGCGCCCACCCUAUGCUCCGCCUGUGACUGUCAGCUCUGAGGCUGUAGCCGCUUGUCAAGCGGUUUGUAAUACUACCGUCAUUGAUACAAACAAAGUGCAGAUCAUUGAUGAGGUGGAGGAGGAGGGCAAAGAAGAUGUGGGAGAAGGAGGUGGAAUUGGUGGUGGCUCUGGUAGCGGAACAAACCUCUGUAUCAUCUACACGGAAGACUCGUGUCGUGUGAUGUUCAAGUAUCGUUACUCAGAUGCCGUGUACAUCAAUCGAAAGGUUGACCUCAAGAUUGUACGUAAAAGUGAGUGUACUAAGACCACGGGCAUUCUCUACAUCAUCCUUGGCGUGAUUGCGGGCAUUGUUCUGGGUGGUCUAAUCCUCCUUCUCAUCUACAAACUUGUCAUCACAAUUGAUGACCGUCGCGAAUUGGCCAAGUUCAAGAUGCACAACGAGAAUGUGCACUGGGAGAUGGCAGAGAACCCAAUCUUUGAACCACCCACCACGCGAGUCAUUAACCCCACCUUCGCCGAUGACACCGCCUUUGAGUGA